AUGCCUCCAAACGGCGCGAUCACAACAACACCUCGCAAUCGUAUGCCACCAACCACUCCCACUUCAGGGAAGCAACGUCCAAAGAAAGAAACUCUUCAUUUCUUGGCUUCAAGUUCGUCGACGACUUCAGUUGACGCCGCAAGAGCUUUAUUAGAACGCGGUGCAAAUGUAAACGCCAUUGAUCGGGAAGGCGCGACACCUCUUCACUAUGCUUGCGUUCAUGAUAAUGUGGCGAUGGCUCAGCUCUUUUUGACGUUCGGAGCUGAUCCGAUGAGUGCAGACAAACUGGGUAGAACGGCGUAUAGUAUUGCGAAGGGAAAUACGUUGAGGUUUCUUCGUCGAUACAAGAAGACAAACGGCCAGCAACGUCUCGGUUUCUUCCGUCGUUUCUUCGCUUGCCACACCCGAAACGACACAUUCUUCAUCGUUCGCCACCAAAACCAAGAUCAAGAUCUCGCUCCCAUUCACCCAACAGCUCUCGCCGAUGCAGCAUCAAUCUCUUUCAAUCGAGGCAAUGCUAUAACUAAAUCAUAUCGACAUGCGAAGAAAAAGAUUCGAGCGACAUUCCACGCAUUACGGAGAAGUCGAUCGAAUAGCACGGCGACGUUGCAAGAUGUUGUGAUGACUUCUGAAGGGCUUCGAACUGUAACUACACCGAGUCGAAGUGCUGCAAGGAAACCAGUGUUCUCUGCGAAACGGUCGAUGUCUGUUUCAGAUCUACCGAAAAUUCCAGAUAGAAGAGAUAUAAAGGAGGAGGAUAGAAGAACAAGAAGGUCGCCAGUGAAGAAAGGAAUAGUGGCGGGAAGAUCAAAGACUCCUGAAGCAACUCUGAAUCCGAGAACACCACAAGGCCGUCCGAAACGAUCGAAAAGUCAGGAAAACCAGUUGGUUGCAAUGCCAAAACCGAAUCCAAUGGCGUAUUAUAACACCGCAAGAGCAAGAAAUGCUGGGUUGAGACCUGCUCCAUCUGCACCGCCUCUCUCGCCAACUCCCGAACUAAAAGAAGUGAAAACUCCGAGAAAUAUGAAGUCGCGAAGCAAGAGCCCAGCCAACACAACGGCAUACUUCACAGCUGAUGAUGAUUCUAUUGAUCUACUUGGAAAUGAUUUAGAAAAGUUGAAAAUUACACCGAAACCAGCGAAGAAAUCAGCAAAGACGCCUACAAAUGACUCAGGUGACGAUGACAUUGAAGUUCUGACGCCUACUACAGUGGAUGACGGAGAAAUUCGAAAGAUUCGCCGACUUCGUGACGGAGAAUUGAAGUGUGAACUGAGAAAGUUUGGAAUCUCACCAGCUGGACCGUUGGAUUCCAGAACUAGAAGAUUGUACGAGAAGAAGUUGUUAAUUGAGAGGCGGAAGAUUUCGAGUCGUGGAUAUUCGCCGGACGCUGAUGUUACCACGUGUAGAAACUCACCACAACUGGAACUGGUCCUUCGAAAUGGCUUCCUCCCCGCUGACUUCGCUUCCCGAGCACGUAAAUCCGACGAAACCGUUCGAAAGGAAUUCAGUGGAAACGGAUUCGGAUACAACGCCUUCUGUUAUCUCCUCAUGGAUCCACGGAUUCUGGGAAAUAAUAUAGAAACGGUGACGUUCGAGAGAUUUGUUCGAUCUGUGUUCUAUGUUGGGAAGGGAUCGAAGAAUCGACCGUUGGCUCAUUUCAUCGAUGCACGAAAUGAGAGAAGAGAGCAAUCGAAUAAGCUGAAAACGUGCGAGAAAUUGCAGACGAUCGAUGAGUUGUGGACACUUGGAUUUGGGAUUCCGAGACAUGAAAUUUCGCACGGAGUGUCGGAUGAGGAGGCGUUUGUGAGAGAAGCCAGCAUUAUUGAGGCGAUUAAAUUGAUUAAUUUGAAGAAUAAGAAGGGAGGUGAAUUCCAUGGAACAACGAAAUCAUGGGAUUCUAUCACUAAAGCGGAGUUUGGAACCUUGUUGCUUGAUAGAGCCCACUCUACAUUAAAAAUCGAAGGAAUCCGUCUCAUCACCGAAGACAAUCUGCCCGACAGCCUCUAUCCAUAUGUGACGAAUCGUCGUGGCGCCGCUGGUGCACGGACACCAAAAACACCGAAAUAA